AUGAGCGUUGGCAAGAAGGUCGUAGAUUUUGAGCGCUCCAGUCACAUCUUCAACGCAGCUUCCGACCCGUUUGCCCGACCCCUCGAUUGUGGCUUUGACUACCCAGCAGCCCGCUUUCCACUGCUAUUGAACCCCAUGUUACUUCGACGGGAUGCUGAGAUCAGUCCCCCUACAAUUCUGCGCACUGACGCCGUCGACGACUCGGGGGCGGAGGCGGCGGCUACGCCUCGUCAAAUUGCGUUGUUUGGCAUCCUCGAGGGCUUUCGAAUAGCGAGGUCCGGCUCCGCGCUCCGCUUCGGCCAGGUCUCAACGUGGAUGCUUCCGGAAGUAGCUAAGGGGGCAAUGUAUGAGCAGGAGCCACUGCGCAUUACCAAGCGUGAUACUGUCAAGGGAGUGACAUUUUACGAAGUCCUCAAGGUUGGUGACGAGAAUCCCGUUCAAUGCAAAAUCGACACAUGCAACGAAUGGAUUCUUCGAACCGGAGUGUGCUUGGGCGGUCCGCGCAGUGUACAUCGAGUCAUGGUUGGCGGGCAGUAUCUUGCUCGCAUUGUCGCUGGUGAGAACACUAGCGACGACAAGGACAGGAUCUACGUGGAUCACGCAGACGGGGAUUGCUGUAACGACACGGCCGCCAACCUGAACUGGGUGAACCCCUCUUUCAACACCUUCAACACAGCGCGCAAAGGCAAUAGCAGCGGCUACUUUGGCGUUCGACAGAAUGGGAGGAAGUUCCUGAUCCAUACGGCGCAUAACUACAUGCCCUACCCGAAUGGGAAGACAGCGGCUCGCGUGUACGACCUUGCCUGUACGCUCAAGUAUGGCGAUCUGCUCCGCAAAUCCCGUAUCUGCCCAGCAACCUCGACCGAGACCGCCGCGUUUCUUUGGCCGAAACGCAGUCGGACGGCGUCAGCUUCUGCAAAGUCGAUGUCAAAGACGUUGCGAAAUUGGCAAAUUGCAUGGGAUGAUCUAUGGCUACAGGCUUGA